AUGCAGCAAGCUCGAAGCGACUGCUGGGCGAAAGAUGCGGAGUGCAGGAGGUGCAAAAAGCGCGGCCAUAGUGCGCAGGUCUGCCGGAGCGCACAAAGCUCCAGCGGCCGACAGGGACGCGAUGGGCGCGGAACGUUUUUGGUGAAGGAGGAGUUCGACGUGCUCUCUGUCGAUGCAACCAGCGGGCGCGCCGUUCACGUACCGGUGAAAAUAAAUGGUGUACCGGUGUCACCAGUGCUGGAUACUGGCGCCGGCGUCACCAUUGUCGCCUCGGAAACUUGGAGAUCGAUCGGCUCUCCAAAAUUAUCCUCGUACACCAAUCCGCUGAAGAGUUUCACUGGCCAUACCUUAAAGGUCAUUGGCACAGCGAUGGUGGAAGUGACCCAGGCGAGAACGCGGAAGACGCUGCCGCUGCCGAUUGUGAUCCCAGCGGUGUGCGCUGUCUCGGGAAACGUCCAGCUGGAGCAUAUCCUUGCCAAGCACAGUGCUGUCUUUCGCGAGGAACUGGGCCAGUGCAAGCACUAUAAAGCCCCUCUGCACCUAAAGCCAGGUGCCACGCCGGUAUUCCGCAAGGCGCGACCGGUUCCAUUCGCCUUCCGGGUGGCCGGGGAACGCGACAUUGACCGACUGGUGGAGAAGGAGAUUCUCAUACCAGUGGAGCAUGCAGAGUGGGCAGCACCGAUCGUCGCAGCGCUCGAGCGUGGUGGGGACAUCCGGACGUGCGCGGAUUUGAGCACGGGGCUUUAUGAUGCACUGGACGUGCAACAGUAUCACCUUCAGACGCCCGACGAGCUGUUUGCAAAGCUCAACGGCGGUCAGAAGUUUAGCACGCUCGACCUGGCUGAUGCCAUUUUGCAAGUGGAGCUUGAAGUCUUGACGAAGAAAGCAAGGCGCUGGUGGUGA